AACCAAAAACGAAACGAAAACUAAAUAUAAAGCGACAAAGAACCCUUGGAUAACCAGAAACCUACCCCCUCUUCUUCUUCUCGUUCUUCUCCACACAGCUCCCAACUCCUCCACUACCAAACUCGUUCGAUCGAUUUCUCUGCAAAAUCCUGGUUUCCAUUUCGCAUAUUUCCACAAAUCUUCAAAUCCUACCCUUAACCCUAACCCUAACCCUAACCCCAACAAUCGACUCGCGAUAGCGUUUCAAUUCGGUGUGACGGGGAGAUGGCGCCGGCGGCGGCGAAGCCGGGAAAGCAAGGCGGCGGAGACGAAGGAAGAGCGAUGUCGAACAAUCUGUGGGUCGGGAACAUCGGGAGGGACGUCACCGACUCCGAUCUGUACGACCUGUUCUCCCAAUACGGCGCUUUGGACGGCGUGACGUCAUACUCGACCCGCAGCUACGCCUUCGUGUUGUUCAAACGCAAGGAGGAGGCUGCGGCGGCCAAAGAGGCUUUGCAGGGCACUCCCGUGCGAGGACUGCCCAUUAAGAUCGAAUUUGCUCGACCGGCAAAACCAUCUAAAAAGCUAUGGGUAGGUGGAAUUAGCCCAUCCGUGUCAAAAGAAGAAUUAGAAGAAGAAUUUCUCAAGUUUGGAAAAUUGGAGGACUUUAAGUUCCUUAGAGACCGGAAUACUGCAUGUCUUGAAUAUUGCAGAUUAGAGGAUGCUUCUGAAGCAAUGAGAAAUAUGAAUGGGAAGCGAUUGGGUGGUGACCAGAUGCAAAUACAUGUGGACUUUCUUCGAUCACAACCUUCGGGCUCAAGAAGGUUUCUCAAGUUGUAUUUGUGUCAAUUCAUGUUGCAGCCUUAUGCUCAAAUUUCUGGCCAACCAAGUAGCUCUGUUCUGUGGGUUGGGUACCCUCCUUCUAUUCAAAUUGACGAACAAAUGCUCCACAAUGCCAUGAUUUUGUUUGGUGAGAUUGAGAGGAUUAAAAGUUUUCCUUCAAGGCACUACUCAUUUGUCGAAUUCAGGAGCGUAGAUGAAGCUCGGCGUGCCAAGGAGGGUUUGGAAGGCAAGCUUUUCAAUGAUCCUCGGAUUACAAUUAUGUUUUCAACCAGUGAUCUGCCACCAGCUGGCCCAUACCAACCGGGAGGAGGUAAAUGGUUUGCUCCUAGACCUGAUGUGCAUCUAUAUAAUGAACAUUCUAUGAGCAACUUGGGGCCUGGAGCUCUACCACAAAGUCCAAGUGGUAACUUUCUUGGACCAAAUUUAGGUCCUCUACCUCCAGGUAGAUUUGAUGAUCUGCUGUAUUAUCAAGAUGGCAAUUCCAAGAAGAGCCAUCUUAGUCCACCCGGUGUCAGGGGCAUAGUUGGAGGUCAUAGGCCUCCUGAUGACGAUUUCAUCUGGCGUGGCAUUAUUGCCAAGGGUGGAACACCCAUAUGUCGAGCUCGCUGUGUCCCUGUAGGCAAAGGGAUAAGAAUUGAGAUUCCUGAAAUUGUUAACUGUUCAGCUAGAACUGGAUUGGAUAUGCUGACAAAACACUUUGCUGAGGCCAUUGCAUUCGACAUUGUGUUCUUCUUGCCAGACAGUGAAGAUGAUUUUGCUUCCUACACUGAAUUCCUCCAUUAUCUAGGUGCAAAAAACCGUGCUGGUGUUGCAAAGUUUGACGAUGGGAUGACAUUAUUUUUGGUACCCCCUUCAGACUUCUUGAAGAAUGUUCUGAAAGUGGCAGGCCCCGAACGUCUGUAUGGUGUGGUUCUCAAGUUUCCAGAACAAGUUCCUACUGCUGCUUCCAUUCAGGCACCAUCACAUCUACCUAUUGAAUCUUCACAAUAUAUAGAUAAACAGCAGAUUCCACCUACGCAUGCGGAGUAUGGCAUUCCACCGAAGGAUGAAUAUGGUUUUCCCAUAGAAUAUUAUAACAGGCUUUCAAGUGAGGACUCAAAGCUUUCUUCAAAACCACUGUAUCCACCUACCAGUGAUUCCUCUAUGGUGCAGUCAGUAAACCAUGAUUAUUCCUCUAAAUAUAGUAAUAGUGCUGUGGUAUCACAGGCUGGAAUUCCAUUAUUAACACCUGAACUUAUUGGCUCUCUGGCCACUUUACUGCCUGGAAAUGCACAACCGUCUUUGCCAGAAGGUCCAAAGCUAUCGGCAUGGGAAACGAGAUCAGCAGUUAGGCCCUCAAUUCCUGGAUGGAAACAAGAUCAACAAAUUUUUGAUCACACUGGUCAUGCAUUGCAACAGUUAGGUAGUCAGUUCACUCCACAAGAACAAAGUCUUCCACAGUACCAGCCUACUUAUCCAUCCGGUUCAAAUACCUCAAAUUACCACUCUGCCCCACUGGUCCUUGGUAGCACCCAAAUGCCAGAUUCUUCUUCUGCCAGUCUGCCUCUGCCGCAGGCUGCAAGUUCAUCUAGGCCCUUAAAUAAUUUUAUGGCACCUUCUCAAGGUGGACAAAUCACUGGAUCCUCGCUUCCCAGUCAUCAAAGUUAUUUGGCUGAAGCUCCGCCCAUCAGUAGUUAUAUGGCCUCUGGUGGUAAUUUGCAGUCUGAUCAGACCAUUGUGCCAUUAGGGCCCAACAAAGGUAACCCAGAAUACCCAAAUCAGAUGCAGCAGCUUCAUUCUGCACUUGUAGGUGCAGGACAGAGUACCUCAGAGGGUGAGGCGGACAAAAAUCAUCGCUAUCAGUCAACGCUUCAAUUUGCUGCUAAUCUUCUUCUCCAAUUACAGCAGCAACAACAGCAGCAGCAAAUGGGUAGUCAAGUGAGCAAAGGGUCUGGAAGUCAACAAUAACACUCCGAUAGAAAUGGCAAUCAAACAAUGCGAGUAUGCGAUAAUGUCUGAUCCAUGCCCCUGUGGAAAAAUCAACCAUUCUCUCCGGAGUCUGCAUGUAUAACAAGCUCUGUAGUUUUAGUAUAUUUUUGUUCUUUUUGGGUGAGUGCGCAGUUAUGUUCGCAUCCCCUGUUUCAUGUAGAUCUUUUCAUCUUCAAUUAUAAAUGACAGAAA